CCAUCCACGGCAUCCAGUAGCUUGGAAAAUCGUUGAUCCACAUUAUUCUUUUUUCUUGCAAUUGAUCAAUUAAAGCAACCCACCAAGAGCUAUUCUCGACCCGAUUAUCCCCGGAGACAUUGGAGGCUUUGGUGUAGAAGCACGAGGAGCACGUAUCUGGCGAAAACAGGAAGGCUUAUAACGUUGGAGGAGAGCCGAAAUCCCAGGAACGAAAACAGCCGUGAGGAGUAGAAUCAGAACUAGUCGAGGGUAAACGAGAGAUAUCGAGGGUUAGGUUCAAGGUUGCGCUCGAGCUAUCAGCUAGUAGCAACGACGAGCCGUGAUCAAAGACCAUAGGUUUGGACGAGGGGACAUAGCGACGAUUAUAAAGAUACCUGAUACGCAGGCUUAAGCACGAUGUUCACACCUACCUUCCGCGGCCUCUUCACGAGGCUUCCAUCGACUACUCCUCUCUCCAGUCUUUUCCAUGGCCCAUCCUCAAGUCGGACUGUUGCCGCGACGGCUGUAGCAGCAUGUUCAUCGCCUUUCUUCUCCACACCUGCUUCUCGGCAGAUACAUACGACUCCUCCUCGGAAUGCGAGGAUCGGUGGCGGAAAAGGUUCCAGUGCUAAAGGUUCUGGUGGCAAAGGUUCUGGUGGCAAAGGCUCUGGGAAGAAGAAGCGCAAGGGAGGGAAGGGCGAGGGCCCCGAUCCCAGAAUCAUGAACCUGAAAGCUUCAAUGCCCCGUGCCGUUCCCGCCCCUCUGAGAUUCGCGCGAAACCGUGCGCUGCGUCACUGGACUAUUCAUCGCGCUUGGUUAUUGUACCAGCGCAAGGAGCGGGAUAGGAAGGCGCAUGAGCUGGAGCGGAUGUAUCAAUCGAUGCACAAUGCCUGCGAGGAAUUGCGCAAGACUAGUGGACCUGGCACGCGGGACGAGGGAUACUUGUAUCGUGUGGCUAUGGAAAAGAAAGGUGUAUACGGACACAACAGCAUCCCGAUCGAGUAUGCGAGACCACAGACGGAAACACCGGCUCGCGAGCCUUGGAAUCACGGCUGGACCCGGUGAGGAGUCCUCAUCCGGCCCGCAUCCGAAUUUCCCGUCUAGAAUUCGUGUAACAUAGAAUCGUCUUCGACAUUAUGUGGACUAGAAACCAUCAUAUCCAAUGAACUAUUAGCUGCAUAUCUGCUGCGUAAGCUUCGGGCACAUCUGCGUGUGCUGUUUUUUCUCUCAUCCGAUCGCCACUUUACCUUGGCGUGUAGAGACGUGGAAAGAUGCAAUUAAUUACAUCGUUCGAUCAUAUACUUUGAUGCAGAUGCAA